CGGCGGCGGAAGUGACCGGUGGCGUUGCUUUAGCAGCUCGCGCAAAGCAGACCGGGACCGGCAGAACCAACAGCAGAGCCGAAACAUCAGGAUCACAGCUGGUGCUGUCUCUGCGCUCUUCCUGCGGCUGAAUCUGGACUUUAUCUUCUCAAUAGUUUGAACCCAGGAAGUGCAUUGUGUUUUGGGGCGUGGCCUGUGUUGAGGGGUGUGGUCUGUGUCCGAGGGGGGCGUGUUUUUCUAACUUGCGACUGAUAGAACAGGUGUUUUGCCACCCUGCAGUGGCUGUGUGGGCAGAGCAGUGGGCGGAGUCAGGCUCAGACUCCGGCUAAGGGGAUGAGUGGGCUGACGGGGCCUCAUGGGAGGCGGGGCGGGGGGCGUGACCAUGGGCGGGGCAUGGAUUCAGCAUGCUGGUUCGCCCCCAGUGCACUGAGGCGUCUGGUUGAGCUGCCGGCGCCGGUUCUGUCCCGUCACCAGCUCAAGCGUUUGGAGGAGCAUCGCUACAGCAGCUCCGGUCGCUCCCUGCUUGAACCCGUCAUGCAGAGGUAUUGGGAGUGGCUCGUUCACACGAUGCCACCCUGGAUCGCACCCAACGUCAUUACUGUUGUUGGCCUGGCAACCAACAUCUUCACCACGCUGGUGCUGGUGUAUUACUGCCCCACUGCCACCGAACAGGCUCCUCUCUGGGCGUAUCUUCUGUGUGCGGUCGGUCUGUUCGUCUAUCAGUCGUUGGACGCCAUUGAUGGAAAACAGGCCAGACGCACUAACAGCAGUUCACCACUGGGGGAGCUGUUUGACCACGGCUGCGAUUCGUUAUCCACAGUGUUUGUGGUGCUGGGCACCAGUAUAGCGGUGCAGUUGGGCACUCACCCUGAUUGGAUGUUUUUCUGCUGUUUUGCGGGCAUGUUUAUGUUUUAUUGCGCCCACUGGCAGACAUACGUAUCUGGUACGCUGCGCUUUGGCAUUAUUGAUGUGACAGAAGUGCAGAUCUUCAUAAUUCUCGUGUAUGUGCUGGCUGCUGUGGGCGGAUCGGCUUUCUGGCAGUCUCCGAUUCCCGUAAUAAACAUCCAAAUGAAAAUAAUUCCGGCCCUUUGCACAUUUAUUGGGGUUGUUUUUUCAUGUACCAAUUACUUCAGAAUCAUACUUACAGGCGGCGUGGGAAAAAACGGAUCCACUAUAGCGGGUACGAGUGUAUUAUCUCCCGUCCUACACAUCGGCUCUGUGAUCGUUCUCGCCAUGAUGAUUUAUAAAAAAUCAGCCGUCCAGCUGUUUGAGAAGCACCCCUGUCUGUAUAUUCUGGCCUUCGGUUUCGUAUCGGCCAAAAUCACCAAUAAAUUAGUGGUGGCUCAUAUGACGAAGAGUGAGAUGCAUCUUCAUGACGUGGCGUUUCUCGGGCCCGGUCUCUUAUUCCUCGAUCAGUAUUUCAACAGUUUUAUCGAUGAGUAUCUGGUGUUGUGGAUUUCUCUGGUUCUGUCUCUCUUCGAUCUGGUGCGGUACUGUGUUAGCGUCUGUAACGAGAUCGCCUCUCAUCUGCACAUCUGCAUCUUUAAAAUCAAACCACAGAGCACAGCGCCUGUCGAGUGACCUCUGACCUCUGCAGGGAACAGCGGGUGGAUGCAUACGUGUUUUUUUUCUGCACUUUCAACUCUUCUGAGGCUAAACGACAACAAAUGAAUUCUUUAUUUAAAUGAUUCUGCACUAAUGCAGUUUAUCAACUCCAAGAACAAAUGAAUGAAUAAUCUUUCAUCCCCAGGCCACUUUCCUUUAAAUUGUUUAUUAUUUUAAGAAAAUAACAAGAUAAAACAAAAUAAUAAUUUGGAAUCUGUUGCUGUAUGUUGGCUCUGAAUUACCCAUGAUGCAUUGCUCUGAAAGGGUGGGUGUAUUAUCGCUUUGACGUUUCGUUUGACUCGUUCUCACGUUUAAAUCCAGAUAAUUUCAUCACUAUCAUAAUGUGUUGCUGCUGCUAAAAAUGAGGAUUUAUGCUCAUUCUAGAUGAAAGCCGUUUUAUGCAUCUCUCAGCUCGAUCUCAACCUCAUUUAUAUUUCUUCAUUAAAUAAUCAGGCCAUGUUUUCCCCAUGAAGCUCAAAGCAGGAAGUUGUGUCUCCGUUUAACUGUCGGUACAGCAACUUCUGUUUAUUGAGCAUUUUAUUUAAGGGUGUUUCGACUGUGUUGUUGAGUGCUUUAGGAUCACAAAGUUUUCGUUUUCAAGCACUUCGUUUAUUGGUUUUUCUCUGAAUGAAAGCUCACAGCUCAAAUCACAGAUAUUCUCGUCUCUUCAGCUCGUUUGUCUUCCAUUUUCAUGAACGUUGAUCAUUGCGUCUCACUUUGUGCCUCUUGAGUGACUCACGAAAACGGCUCAACACAAAAUGAAAAGAAAAAUAGCAAAUUACUGUAUAUUUUGCUUCAAGAAAAUGAAACUUAUUGUUCAGAUUGAAAUUUACCAUGAUGUAUACUUAAAAUAGUACUUUAAAAUGUAAAUGUUAACACGUUACGAUAAAGUUAACAUUAUAUGUUAACAUUAGUAAAUACAUUAGGUGUCAAGAACUAACAAUGAACAAUAUUUUUUACGGCAAUAAUUAAACUUGAUUAACGUUAAUUCAUUAAAAAUAAUAUUUUCCGGGGGGUCUAGGUAUCUCAGCGAGUAUUGACGCUGACUAUCACAGCUGGAGUGACUCCAGUCAGGUCUCCUAAGCAACCAAAUUGGCCCGGUUGCUAGGGAGGGUAGAGUCACAUGGGGUAACCUCCUCGUGGUCGCUAUAAUGUGGUUCUCGCUCUUGGUGGGGCGCGUGGUGAGUUGUAUGUGGAUGCCGUGGAGAAUAGCGUGAAGCAUCCACACGCGCUACGUCUCAAGCCACGUGAUAAGAUGCGCAGAUUGACGGUCUCAGACGCGGAGCCAACUGAGAUUCGUCCUCCUCCACCCGAAUUGAGGUGAGUCACUACGCCACCACGAGGACUUAGAGCACAUUGGGAAUUGGCCAUUCCAAAUUGGGGAGAAAAUCCAAUGCAAAUAUUAACAUAUACUACGUUUAAUUUUAAAAACUUUGGUUUGUUGAAAUGAACAUUUACCAAGAUUAAUAAGUGUUGUAUAAGUAUUGCUCAUUGUUAGUUCAUGUUAACUAUGCCAUUAACUAACGUUAACGAAUAAACGGUAAAGUGUUACCAUUUAAAUUAUAUAUUGUUAUUGUUUAAUUUUUUUACUGAAAAACUAAUGUUACAAUGUAAAAAUUGAAAUGUCUAAUAAUAUGCUUCAUUUUCUUUAUGUAAAACAUAAAUGCUUAUUUCGUUCUUUUGAUUUUGGGGUGAAAUAUGACAUUGUUUCGUGAAGUUUGCAUCACUCUGCAUGAAUUGUUCAACAAAAGUUGCAAUUGGAAAUGCCAAGAAUCAACGUGUUCUUCAGUGUUACAGAAAGUUCAAAGACAUUUUAAAGAGUUUACCUGUGGAAACGUCCUUCCUGUGACAUGAUCAACUUCUAGAAAUAAUAUCUUUAAUAAUUCUCACUCGUUAUGUGACAGGAGUCAUUUAUAAUCAGAUGGACUAGUUCUGAAUAUAGUGUGUCAGACUGAAAACACAGUUCAUAAUUAUUCAAUCAUUAGUUCUUAAUAUGAUUGAGAGAAUUAUACAGUAGAUGACUUUUAUACACAAAGUAUCUAAAUGUGAGAUUAUGCACAGGAAUUCUGUUAUACUGAUCUAUUGAAACACUGCUUACAGUAUAUGAAGAGUUGCCUUAAAUAUUGAGAAUUGGUUGUCCAGAAAUGUCGAUUUUUGCAUGUUGUUCUUUAUUUCUAAAUGUCUGUCUCAGGCGAUUCAAACGACGUGAAACAAAAAAAAGCUCUUAGUUUGUCUUGACGCUGCCAACCAAAAAAAUGUUUAAAUACAUUUUGCGAGAUGUUGAGUUAGUGUUACCAGAACAAUUUUAUCGUGAGAUGUAUUAAUGUUAUUUUAUUUACAAAUAAUUAAACUGGAGUUUAGAACUCGAAUAGUUGGUGUGCUCAUGAAAAUUCUGCGUUUAUGAAUUUCAAAAUCAGUUUGAUUUCCUCAAUUUGAAUUUGCAUUUUAUUGCUUUAGUCAUGAGCUUUUCAUGUAAUUCUGCUUUAGAUUCAAUACAGGCAUCUUUCAUAAUCUUUGUUGAAUCCAGUAUGUUCACUUCACGUUAUCUCUUGCCGUAUGACAUUUUGUCUAUUGGCACUUAACCCUUGUGCGACCUUCGGGACAUUUUUGUUCGAUCAUUUUGGCUGUGUUAAUGCCAACAGCAUACAUUUUGCCAAAGGUGUGUAUUUUGGGGGGAAUUUUGAUAUUUCAACCUCAUUUCCUAUAAUACAUCUAUAAUACACUGUGAACACAAAAUAGUCACACUCAGGCCCUUCAGGACAAAAACGUCCCCAUUGAAACCCAUUAAAAUUGCAAUAUUUGAUCCCAGUGCCAUUAAAGCAUAAAAUCAUGAAUUAUAUGAUAUUAUGCUUUCAUUCCGGAACCCUGGAAUGGUGCCCCCAGAUGGCGCCAUUUUUCUCAUGUUUAGCCUAUGGAGCAAAUACAAGCUUUCCCCCUAUUCUCUGUUUGCUGUAUUAUAGAGCACUGCAGGCCAAUUGAAUAAAUUAUGCAAAUUGUGUGUGUGUGUGUGUUGGUAUGGAUGUCAGAGUGUGUUUUGUAUGUGUGUAUUGAGAAAUGUGUGUGUGUGU